AUGGAUUGCAUUCAAUGCAGACACAAUGAGGAUGGUAGCUACAGUUACGGAUACGAGGCAGCGGAUGGUUCAUACAAGAUCGAAUCGAAAUACCCGACUGGCGAGGUGUACGGGAAGUACGGUUUCGUCGACGAUACUGGGAAUGUCCGAGAGGUCGAGUACGGAGCGUCGAGGCGCGGAUUCGAGCCAGCAGGUCCUGGGAUAAACGUGCCACCGCCAACCUUGACCGGUAACAGCAUCGCGAAUCCCAACCAACCCGAGGACGACGGCCAAUACAGAGAGGAUCCAUCCAUUUAUUACACGGAUCCUCGAUACACCAACGGAGAACGAUACGAUCCGGCCUCUCGUCAACCUUUGGCCCAGAAUCAACCGCGACCGAUACCCGCGCCCAUCUACAAUCCACCCAGGUAUCCCACGCAGGUGCAGUACCAACCGAGGCCGCAGUAUCAACCAGAGUAUCGACCGCAGUAUCAAUCGCAGUAUCAACAACAGCAGCAGCAGCAGCGAUCCGCGUAUCCAGCCGCGCCGAUUCAAAGCGGGAUUCAAGGUCGCCCGGCACCCGCCGAUCCGAACGCCGGCUUAGCCUCUUACACGUAUAGCGAAGGCUGGAUCUUGAACUUGAAAUGCUAUCUCUAUGGCAUGGUAAUUCAUCUUCCAUUGUCUCACGAAGCAUUGCAACACACUCCGACUGAUUACACAGAUCAGUCGUUCUCGUCAUUGGAAGAUCUCUAA